UCCGAUGAAACUUAAUAGGAUAAACAUUGAGUUUAUUCAAAAAAAAAGAAAAAGGGAACUUUUCGGCAGCCACAAAACAUACAUUAAAUGAAUUAACAACCAAAAACUUCUCCCGUUUUCUUUGUUAAGGGAAAAAGUUUUUUUUUCUUGGGAUUCCUAAAAGAGUUUCUUGCAUUUUUCUCAGUCUGACUGGCAAAUUAGUUAAAUUGAACUCCAAUUACUUAUAUUCAGAGAAGAAUUAACAAAGGUUCAGAAAAAGUUUCAUGAAAAUUGUUUUUAAAAAGCUGACUUAAAACCAAUAAGAAAGUUUUAGAAAACGCUUUCACUUUCUAAGCUUUCGUAACUCUUUCUUAAUCCCUCAUGAAACACAACUUUCAGGAGCAUGUGGAAUUAUUUUCGGGCAUCCAUUUGACACGAUAAAAACAUGGCAACAAGUCCAUAAAACGAAAGUUACUACGACGAUGUAUAACAUCAUCAUAAGGAAUAAUGGUUUAAAUGGAUUCUAUAAAGGAUUUUAUUUUCCAUUAAUUACAAAUGGCACGAUCCAUGCACUCGUGUACGGCAUCUACGGUAACGUGAUGAGAUGUGACACCGAUGAACAGCGGCAGAAUUUGCUAAAGCGACAUAUGCUGAUUGCUGGAUGCAGUACAGGAUUAGCGCAAGCUGUUCUUGGAUGUCCAAUCGAGGUGGUGAAGAUACGUUUACAAACUCUUGGAUACAUUGGACGUUCGUAUGAUUGCAUGAAAUACAUUUACAAUCAUGAAGGAGUUUACGGGCUUUAUCGAGGAUUAGUUCCAAUGAUAUGGCGAGAUAUUCUACCGUACGGUAUUUACAUGCUAGUCAACGAUUGGAUGUUUGAAAUGUGUAACAAAAUCGCCGUCGUGAGAGCUAUUAGGAUGCAAUCAGAGACUGGCAAUAGCGAAUUAGCAAUAAAAUUAGAAGCUUUGUUCACAUCACUUGCCGCACUGUUAGCGAGUGUUGUGUCAUGGUCACUGAUAACACCGCUUGAUGUCGUUAAAACAACCAUGCAAGCCGAGACCAAUCCAAAUAUACAUAGAAACAUGCUCGAAUGUGUAUUGAUGUUGUGGCGAGCUCACAACUACCGAGUACUAUUUAGUGGAAUUUACAUGAACAUUGGAAAGUCUUUUGCAAUUUUGUGGGGCUAUCAGUAUUGUUUAUCCAAAUGCCAAGCGUGUGCCGUAAAGAGAAAUGAAGAUCGUUUAUAUAAAUGAACAUUCCAAGUUUUAGAAAGCGUGUGCGGUUUAAGUUGUGAAUCUUAAUGGUCGGAAUUUCUCUCUUUCUCAUGCUGAUGAAAAUUGUCAAUUAAAGUUUAAUAGCAAGCAUUAAGAAGAAAGUUCCAUUGCGAAGCCUUAGGCGACCAUAUGGCUUUGAAGAAAAUAAAUUUAAAUCUUCUAAGAAAACGUGAACAAAAUUUAAUAACUUUUAAAAGAAAAAAGAAAAAUAAAGAUAUUUCAAGUUCAAAAUGAACACGCUGGGAGGGCAAUUUCCAUUACGACAGAAGCUAAAAUUGUUUUUUAAUUAGUGUUCGUUAGUAUUAUCAUUAUUUACCUUUCUUAACAGCACAUGGUGCGAAUCUCAGAGAUUAAUUGUCGUGAGGUUGUGAUGAAUGAGUGGGAGUUUCUUUCUCGCUAUGACUAUUUAAGCCUGA